AUGGCAGCAUUAUCGCAAGCAUCAACAGCCGCCCUAGCCCGUCUCCGCGCCUUCAAACCCCCACCAUCACAAUACACCAAACUACCUCUCAGCCGCCGCGCCGCCGUACUGAUCCUCCUCUUCGCCGACCGUCGCGGCGACUUACGCGUCAUUCUCACCAUCCGCAGUGCAAAGCUCAGAAACUAUGCCGGACAAGCUGCCCUCCCUGGUGGAAAAGCAGACUUUGAGAGUGAAACCGCAUGGCAAACUGCACGCCGCGAAGCAGAAGAGGAAAUAGGCCUACCAAGCAAAGAUGGAGAACUUCCUAAAGGAUACACGGUUGAGAAUCUGACCGAACUGCCUAUGAACCUUGCAAUGACGGAGUUGGGGGUUAGGCCUUGUGUUGCUUGGCUCAAGAGUUCGAAUUCCUCUUCGGAUAUUGCGAAAGAUCUGUUGCCGAAAUUGGAUGGGAGGGAGGUUGCUGCAGUGUUUACGGCACCGUUUGAGCAGUUUUUAAAAGAGAGGGAUGAUGGAGCGGUAGAAGGGGAGUGGUAUAGAGGUGCCUGGCAUAGUUGGUAUCACGAGCCGUGGCGCAUGCAUAUGUUUCAUGUGCCUGUGAGCCAGAGGACAGUGUUCAGAAGUGUUGAGGUGGAGAAUACGCGGUUGGAUGCAGCGACGGCGCCGUGUUCGCCUGCGUCCAAGGCGCCUGUGUUACUUGCCGAUCGGGCUGCUCAAGCGUAUGGGAAACCAGUACCCGGCUCUUCAAAACAACAGGAAACAGAGAACAAGACUCUGGCACAGAAAGAUGCAUUGGAUAUGCCCAGGUAUAGGGUGUUUGGCAUGACGGCGAGGAUCUUAGUGGAUGCGGCGAGGGUGGCCUAUGGAAGGGAGCCAGAGUUUGAACACAACAGUCACUUUGGCGAUGAAGACAUGAUCUUGCGGUUGAUGAAGAUGGGAAGACUACAACCAAAGAAGGAGAAGGGGGAAAUCUUGACAAGGGAUGUCAUGCAAGCGGCUGCCAAUGUUGAGUUAAAUGGCGAAGAGAAGGGCAAGCUGUGA